CCUUGCUUUUUUUGUUCUUCAGGUACACGAAGAUGAAGACAGCAACCAACAUCUACAUUUUCAAUCUGGCUAUGGCAGACGCGCUGGUUACCACGACCAUGCCUUUCCAAAGCACCGAGUACCUGAUGAAUUCUUGGCCCUUUGGUGAUGUGCUGUGUAAAAUAGUUAUUUCAAUUGACUAUUACAACAUGUUUACCAGCAUAUUCACACUGACCAUGAUGAGUGUUGAUCGAUACAUUGCCGUGUGUCACCCUGUGAAGGCUCUGGAUUUUCGUACACCUCUCAAGGCAAAGAUAAUCAACAUCUGCAUCUGGCUAUUGUCCUCAUCUGUCGGUAUAUCCGCAAUAGUUCUUGGAGGUACCAAAGUCAGAGAAGAUACUGCUAGCACUGAAUGCUCCUUGCAAUUUCCAGACAGAGAUUACGUGUGGUGGGACAUCUUCAUGAAAAUCUGUGUCUUUGUCUUUGCAUUUGUUAUUCCAGUCCUCAUUAUAAUUGUCUGUUAUACUCUGAUGAUCCUGCGCCUUAAAAGCGUACGGCUUCUCUCAGGGUCUCGGGAAAAAGAUCGAAACCUGCGUCGCAUCACCAGGCUGGUUCUUGUGGUUGUGGCAGUGUUCAUUAUCUGUUGGACUCCUAUUCACAUUUUUGUGCUGGUUGAAGCACUAGGGGAUGUGUCCCACAGUACUGCUGCUAUAUCCAGCUAUUACUUCUGUAUUGCUUUGGGUUACACCAACAGCAGCCUCAAUCCAAUCCUUUAUGCUUUCUUGGAUGAAAAUUUCAAGAGAUGUUUCAAGGACUUCUGCUUCCCCUUUAAGAUGAGAAUGGACAGGCAGAGCACCAGCAGAGUCAGAAACACUGUGCAAGACCCAGCUUAUAUGAGAGAAGCAGAUAGGACAAACAAACCUGUAUGACUAGUCGUGGAAAUGUCGUCUUACUGUCCUCAGGAGAGAGAUGAGUCCAACGACCUGGGACUGACACAGAUUACCACUGCAGUUUGAACUAGAGUCACCCAGACAGACAUUUCUGGAAUAUUUCAGAAAUCCUAAUGAAGCAAGCUUAUUAUUGACAAACAAGAACCUCCUGAAAAUAAGCUCAAAUGAAAAGG